AUCGCUUAGAUAAACGAUUGAUAACACCACGUACUUAGUUGUAAACAAUAGACAAAUUCGCUCGUUACAUACGGGCUUUGAAGUAGAAUACAUCAACAUGUCGGUUCUACAACCAGUAAGCAUCUUCAAUGAAGGGUCUGCCGAGGAGAAGUCUGAGGAGGCACGCAUGUCAUCAUUUGUUGGCGCUAUCGCUAUUGGUGACCUUGUCAAAAGUACACUAGGACCCAAGGGUAUGGACAAGAUCCUGCAGUCACAACGAGAAUUGGACAGUAAGGGUUCAAUCCAGGUCACAAAUGAUGGUGCCACCAUCCUGAAGAGUAUCGGCUUGGAUAACCCAGCUGCCAAGAUUCUUGUGGAAAUCUCAAAGACACAGGAUGACGAUGUAGGUGACGGCACCACCUCCGUAGUGGUACUUGCGUCUGAGUUGCUGCGCGAAGCAGAGAAACUAGUGGCCACUAAAAUGCACCCCCAGACUAUUAUUGCUGGUUGGAGAAAGGCCAUGAACUGUGCACGUGAAGCACUAUUACAGUCUUCUGAUGACCACAGUGGAGAUACUGAACUUUUCCGAGAGGAUCUGAUGAAUAUCGCCAGAACUACCUUAAGUUCAAAGAUUGUGUACCAGGACAAGGACCACUUUGCCACACUGGCCGUGAACGCCGUGAUGCGCCUCAAGGGCAAUACAAAUAUUGACUCUAUUCAUUUGAUCAAGAAGUUGGGUGGCUCACUCGCCGAUUCCUACUUGGAUGAGGGCUUCAUUCUGGACAAGAAGAUCGGUGUCAACCAACCCAAACGUAUUGAGAACGCAAAAAUUAUGGUGGCUAACACACCUAUGGAUACAGAUAAAAUCAAGGUCUUUGGUGCCAAGGUGCGCGUCGACGCCACAGCCAAGGUAGCAGAGAUCGAAGUGGCCGAGAAGGAAAAAAUGAAGGCUAAGGUAGAUAAGAUUGUCGCACAUGGCAUCAACUGCUUUAUCAACCGUAAUAUUAUCUACAACUACCCUGAGCAACUGUUCGCGGACGCGGGUAUUAUGGCUGUGGAGUUGGCCGACUUUGAGGGCGUCGAGCGGUUGGCACUGGUGACUGGUGGGGAGAUUGUAUCGACCUUUGACCACCCAGAGCUGGUGAAUCUAGGACAAUGUGAUUUGAUUGAAGAGAUUAUUAUUGGCGAGGACAGACUCCUGCACUUCUCCGGCGUAGCCCUGGGGGAGGCCUGCACGAUUGUCAUCAGAGGCGCAACCAAACAGAUUCUGGACGAGUGUGACAGGUCUCUACACGAUGCGCUGUGUGUGCUUUCACAAACCGUUGCCGAGCCCAAGAUCGUGUACGGUGGAGGCUGUUCGGAGAUGGCCAUGGCAAACGCAGUGGAGAAGCUAGCCGCAGCCACUCCAGGAAAGGAGUCUAUCGCAAUUGAAUCGUUUGCACGUGCUCUGCGACAGCUACCUACCAUCAUCGCCGAUAACGCCGGUUAUGACAGCGUGGAGCUCGUCGCCCAAUUACGUGCCGCGCACACUGCUGGACAAAAGACCGCUGGCUUAAAUAUGUAUGAAGGAAAGAUCGAUGACGUGAAGAAACUUGGUGUUACGGAAUCAUUUAAAGCGAAACAACAGAUCUUAAUGAGUGCGACAGAAGCUGCAGAGAUGAUUCUCCGCGUGGACAAUGUAUUGCGCAGUGCCCCCAGGCAGAGACAGGGACAACAUUAGAAUGACACAAAAAUAAAUUCAUGUAUAUACUACAUAUGAAAUUGGA